UAAUUGUUUAAAAUAAUUUACUGGGAAUCAUAUUUUACGACACCAUAUAACUUUACAGCAUUGUUAUACAUCUUCUUAGUAUUAUAUCAGCGCUGAUUUUCAGCUUUCUCAAAAAAGACUUGGUCUCUAAAAGUGCAUAAAUUUCGCUGUAAAAAGGGUAAAUCUCAUUUGCAAGAGCAGCAUGCCUGCAAUCAACUCGAUUUAUAUCAAAGUAUACGAUCAAAAGCCUGUGUACCGACCAGGAGACGAGUUGAAAGGCGAGUGGACCGUAGACAUAGGAGAGACAAUCAGUGUGAAAUCAGUAAGUGUUUCCUUCCGUGGAGCUACACUCACAAGGUGGGCCAACUCAGAACCCAAAGCAGACGACAAUAAAGGAUAUGAAAACAUCACAACACAAGAAAAAGUUGUCUUUCCUGCGAAUAACAGAUCGGGAGACACGGUCGACUAUCCCGCUGGAAAAUAUGUGUACAAGUUCAGUUUCAAAAUACCAAGCGGAAUGCUUCCGUCAACAUACGAAGGGAAAUACGGAGCUAUCAGGUACUGGCUGUCUUUUGACAUAGAGAGACCUAUUCUGCGAUCGCAUAUAAGAAGAAUUAAAGUGAUCACAGUAUUGGAUGAUAUAGAUGUUAAUCUCCCUGCAUAUUCUAAAUUUGUAGGAAGGAAAACUGAGAAGACGGUUGCAAAAGCGCUUGGUUUUGGAAAUCAAGGGGCGGUAACUCUGUUUGCACAGACUGAUAGGGGUGCCUAUUGUCCUGGAGAGAAAAUAUAUGUCAAAUAUAUUGCUGAAAACAAAUCUGAGAAAGACUUGGGUAGGAUCAAGACUGAAUUAAUGCAGAAAGUCAAGUUUAGAGCUAGUGGAGAGGAAAAAUUCAAAUACCUUUGUCUGAGGUCUGUCAACGGAGAGGAACUGAAAAAGGGCGGAAAACUGAGUUCAACUGAUAAUAAACAUAGCAUUACUGUUCCAGCGGUCCCACCGACCACAAUGGAAAGGGCAAGUCAUGUCAUCAAAGUGCAGUAUUAUGUCAAGGUUCUUAUAGAUAUUCCAAAGUUGAAUGGAGGAGACGCAACAGUUAUACUUCCCAUUACAGUGGGCACCAUUCCACAAGGUCACAAAGCUGUACCGGAAGUACAAGGAGCAAAUAACAUACCUGUGAUAGAUGCUUCGUCCGCUAUCACAUACACCCAGUGCGUCGAUGGAUAUGAGGAUGGCCCUAAAAUCUGGGAAGACAAGUUAUUUCCAAGAUUCACAUACGUGCCUUGGUGUACAUACGUACCCGAUUUCAAACCCCUCGUUACCAAGAAAAUUGUCAGUCCCAAAAACAUCACAAAGCCAGUGAAUUCUGGAAAAAGCAAUGCCCCAGGCGAUUCAAAACAAUCUCCAAAUAAGGUAGAAGGAAGUGUAAUCAAACCGGCAAUAAGCAGUCAAAUGCGCGCGCAACCUACUGCGCCACCUAUCAGUGACAAUCCGCCUACAUACGAUGAAGCAAUGAAAGAUAUGGAGUCGUUUCCAGUUCAAAAACCUCUGAAAGAAAAUUCUAACAGUCAGGAAUGUUUGGCAGGCAGCAAUGAAAGUGAGACAGCAGGCGAACAAGACAAUAAUACCGCGGAGCAGUCCGACCAGCAUUGUAUUAUAAUGAUAAUCAGAUUUGCCGAUACUUGCCUCAAACAGUUCAGAUCAACUUUGAAACAAAAUGGCGCCAAACUAACAAAAACUGGCGGGAAAAUCAUUGCGGUUGCACCUCAGGUAAUUGUAAUCAAAGGUUCUUGGCCUGCACAAACUUCCAUAGCAGUUUUAUCGUUUGAAACGUAUGAGAGUGGGUCAGACUGGUUCAAGAGUUUCAAAGAAUCGAAUGAUGCGUCUGGUGUAGAUAUAUUUGACUGUGUAAUGUUGAAAGGCUCCGACGAAGAAUUUCAGAACGAGAAAAAUGUGUUCACGCUUUCCUUUAUGAGGCGGAAAGGUGACAUUACCAGCGAGGAGUUCAAGGACGUCACCAAAAAGGUCAGAGAAAUAAUAAAACCUGUUCGGUUUGAACUUGGAGGACGGUUGAUUUGUUCCGGAGCAGUUGAACAAAACUUGUCGGAACAAACAUUAUCCACGGACAAUAUCAUAGCAUUAUUCCAGUGGGAUUCUAUACGCCAAAAGGAUGACUAUACAACCUUACUGAAAGAAAAGUACAAAAGCAUACUCAUCUCUCUUGCUAAAUUUUAUACGACAGAAACACAAACAAUCUUCCAAACAGAGAACACUUCCUACAUGGUGGAGGACACUGGUUAGACAACUAGUUAAUCUGU